GGUGUUCUGGUGUUUUCUCCCCGCUGUGAUGCUUCCAUAAGUCCGUCUGCAGACAUGGAGCCGAGCGACGCGGAGGAGAGUGAGAGCGGCGCGGCGCGGCAGGCGAACACGAUGUGGAAACAGUUCCAAGCCCGAGCAAAGCCGCUGCUCAGCCCGGUGCUGGGCUCCAGAGAGCCCGAGGAGAGGAAGGAGAAGGGCGGCUGGGUGUUCAAGAAGAUGAAGAGGAAGGAGCACUCCGUCCUGGACCGGGUGAUCUCCUCCUCUCAGCCCGACCUGCUCUUCUCCGCUCCGGCGGCGGAGGAUGCGGCAGGCGCGGCGGGUGCGGCGGGUGCGGCGGGUGCGGCAGGCGCGGCGGCUCAGCUCUGCGGCAAAGCGGCCGCUGGAGGACCCGGACUCUGCCUGAAGAAGCCCACGGUGGCCUACCUGGUGCAGUCCCACCACAAGAGCUCCUCUCUGGGGUCUGCGUGCCUGGAGAGGCUGGCCGAACCCCCGAGCGGCAGAAGCGGCAGAAGCGGCAGCGACGCGGCGAGAGCUGUCCCUGCGGCGGAGGACGCGCAGCCGAGCAUGGCGGUCCCGUCCUCCUCGGGGGCCCCGUCCUCCUCGGACCGAGCCCUCCCCAGCUCAGGGAUGUACAAGCUGGAGAUCGAGCUGAAGAGAGGAAACAAUCUGGCCGUCAGAGACAGAGGAGGCAGCAGUGAUCCGUACGUGAAGUUCAAGCUCGCUGGUAAAGAAGUGUUCAGAAGCAAAACCAUCCACAAGAACCUCAACCCAGUGUGGGAAGAGAAGACCACUCUGAUAAUGGACUGUCUGAGCGACCCUCUGUAUGUGAAGGUGUUCGACUACGACUUCGGCCUUCAGGAUGACUUCAUGGGUUCAGCGUAUCUUUACCUGGAGUCUCUGGAGCAGCAGAGGACGAUACCUGUGACUCUGAAACUGGAGGACCCCCAUCACCCGGAUCAGGACCUGGGCUCUCUGGAUCUGAGCGUCACCCUGACGCCUAAAGACAGUCCGUUAGAGGAGCGACGAGACUCCACGCACCAGCAGUCAAUGCGUCUCUCGGAGCUUCAUCGUAAAUCGCAGCUCUGGCGCGGCAUCGUUAGCAUCGCGCUGAUCGAAGGCCGGAACCUGAUCCCCAUGGACCCCAACGGUCUGAGCGACCCGUACGUCAAGUUCAGACUGGGACCCCAGAAGUACCGCAGCAAGACGGUGCCGAAGACCCUGAGUCCUCAGUGGAGGGAGCAGUUUGACCUCCACAUGUACGAAGAGACCGGAGGAAUUCUGGAGAUCACAGUGUGGGACAAAGACACCGGGAGGAGAGACGACUUCAUUGGACGCUGUCAGAUGGACCUCUCCACUCUGUCCAAGGAGAGAACUCACCACCGGGAGCUGAACCUGGAGGAGUCCCGGGGCGUCCUGGUGCUGCUGGUCACGCUGACGGCCUCCGCCCACGUCUCCAUCGCCGACCUCUCCGUCACGCCGCUGGACGACCCGCUGGAGCGCCGCGACAUCCUCAAACGCUACAGCGCGAUGAAGUCGUUCUCCAACCUCAAAGACGUCGGCAUCGUCCAGGUGAAGGUGAUGAGAGCCGAAGGACUCAUGGUGGCAGACGUUACCGGUAAAAGUGAUCCGUUCUGUGUUCUGGAGCUGAACAAUGACCGACUUCAGACUCACACAGUUUACAAGAACCUGAACCCAGAGUGGAACAAAGUCUUCACCUUCAACGUUAAAGACAUCCACUCAGUGUUGGAGGUGACGGUGUUUGAUGAGGACAGAGACCGGAGCGCUGACUUCCUGGGAAAAGUGGCAAUACCUUUAUUAUAUAUCCGAAACGGUGAACGGAAGAGUUACACGUUGAAGAACAAAGAGCUGACGGGACCGACGAAAGGAGUCAUCUACCUGGAGAUGGACGUCAUCUACAACUCUGUUAAAGCUGCUCUGAAGACCGUCGUUCCUGCAGAACAGAAAUACAUCGAGGAAGAACCAAAAGUCUCCAAGCAGAUGCUGCAGCAGAACUUUAACCGGGUGAAGAGGUGCAUCAUGGUCCUGAUCAGCUACGGGACGUAUAUCAACAGCUGCUUUGAGUGGGAGUCUGCACAGAGGAGCAUCAUCUCCUUUGUGCUGUUCGUGGUGGUCGUGUGGAACUUCGAGCUCUACAUGCUGCCAAUGGCUCUUCUGCUGCUGCUGGUCUGGAACUACGUCUUCUCCUCGAGCAGAGAAACAUGUGAAACGUCCAUGGAGGCCAUGUUUGAAUGGGAGGCAGAAGAGGAGGAUAAAGAUGAGAAGGAUUCGGAGCCGAAGGGCUUCAUGGAUAAACUGUACGCCAUCCAGGACGUGUUCGUCAGCGUGCAGAGCGCUCUGGACGACGUGGCGUCGUACGGAGAGAGGAUCAAGAACACCGUGAACUGGACCGUGCCUUUCCUCAGCUGGCUGGCGAUCGCUGCCUUGUGUUCGGCCACAGUUCUUCUCUACCUCAUUCCUCUCAGAUACCUGGUGCUGGCCUGGGGUGUGAACAAGUUCACCAAGAAGCUUCGUGAUCCGUAUCUGAUCGACAACAACGAGCUGCUGGACUUCCUGUCCAGAGUCCCGUCUGAUGUUCAAGUGGUGCAGUACCGGGAGCUGAGGGUGGACCCCGGACACAGUCCCAGCAAACGCAGGAGGAUCAACCCGAGUUAGCGGCUCGUCGUCGCUCCUCUCUCCUGUAAACUCUGUAAACUACGUUAUUUAUAUAUUUCUUGUAUAUUUUGAUUAUUCUGAAGAAGUUUUAUCUGCUGAGCUGUUGUUGUUUUUUUGGUUUUGUUACUGUGGAAAGAUUUAUUUUCUAAAUCUUGUAAAGAAAUGCUGUUAAUGUUUUUUUAUUUCUUGUAAAAACACACAGAAUGAAUAAUAAUAAUAAUAAUAAUGUUUAUUAUUAUUAUUAUUAUUAUUAUUAUUACACAGAGUAUGCAUGACUGAAGCUGCUGCUGCAUGGAGGUGUUUUAUAUUCCUUAUGUGUGUGUCGGUGUCUGAUGUCACUCUGAAGGUAGAGCUGCAUGUUGUAGCUGUUAUCACUCUUCCUCCAUAUAUGACAGUAUUUAUACACACUCAGUAAAUAAUGCCUGGUAUGAAAACACAUGUCGGAUCCACAGCAUGUUGAAUUCACAAACUGCUCCUUUAUUUGCACAAAUAGAGUCAUCUGGAUUUCAGUACGGGAAGCUACGGCGGCCUGUAAGGGCCACUGUAGGUGAAAAAUAAAUGCAUAAAUAAAUAAUGGAGGACGGGGAUAAUAAACAGAGACAAAUGGAGUUAAUUUACAAAAAAAUGCACAAAUUUACAAUUUAAGAUCAGAGAUAUA